ACUAAUAUACCUAAAUAACCCAAGCAAUAAUUGUAAACAGCUACUUUACUUUUCUGAUCACCUAAUAAGUUUCAAACUUUGUUCCUUGCUCGAUCUGAAGAUCAAAGAGGGAGAUGGGAGGAGCAAGAAAGUUACUGUUAGCAGACACCCUCUCAUCAGAGAGCCCACUCAACUUCCUCCAUGAAAAACUCCAGCAGUUCCUCCACUUCCUGGCCCACAUCCUCAACCAAGUCCUUCCACCAGAGACCAGAGCCCAGACCCUCCACCACUGGGCCCACCUGGGCCUCACCGUGAUCCUCCCCGUCUCCCUCGUCCUCCUCUGCCUCUACCGCUGCUGCUGCGGCCCCCGCUGCUUCUGCUGCUGCUGCUGCUGCUCGAAGCCUGAAGAGGAACGAGAAGAGUUUGGUUUCGACGCGAUAGACUAUGACAUCAUGCGGAUGAUGAAGGCUCCUGGGAGGAAUGGGGCCUUGAUGCCGAGAGAUUUGUUCGAGGGUAAUCCGAGGGAGUACUUCAUAGAUCUCCGGGCCAAGAAACAGCUGCCAAAUUAUUAUAAUUACUAGCUAGGUUUUUGUGAAUCUUGGGGUCGAUCUUGGGCUUGGUUGAGUGAUCAGCGAUGAUUUAGCUUUUUCUGUUCGAGGCUUAGUUUUUAUUAUUAAGUAACUCUUUACGCUUUAAUAUUAUGUGUCUGUGUGUUAGUCGGAGAACCAUCCAGUACUGUAUUUUGUUUGCUCAAUCUCAUGUUAAAUGGAAUUACAAUGUUAAAUCA